CUCCCCGCUGACCCUGCGGUGGGCUCCCCUUUCAGGAUCACAUGGUCCGGGAGGAGACGCGGAACCUGAGCCCCAAGCAGUGCGACGUGCUGGAACUGGCGCUGGAAACCAUCAAACAAUACUUCCAUGCAGGGGGCAACGGGCUGAAGAAGGCCUUCCUGGAGAAGAGCUCGGAGCUGCAGUCCCUGCGCUAUGCGCUCUCGCUCUACACCCAGACCACCGACACCCUCAUCAAGACCUUCGUCCAGACCCAGACGGCACAAGGCUCCGGAGCGGAGGGCCCCGUGGGGGAAGUCUCCAUCCAGGUGGACCUCUACACCCACCCAGGCAGCGGAGAGCACAAGGUCACCGUGAAAGUGGUGGCUGCCCAUGACCUGAAGUGGCAGACCACGGGCAUGUUCCGUCCCUUCGUGGAGGUCACCAUGAUUGGGCCACACCAGAGCGACAAGAAGCGGAAAUUCACCACCAAGUCCAAGAGCAACAACUGGGCUCCCAAGUACAACGAGACCUUCCACUUCGUCCUGGGCAACGAGGACGGGCCGGACGCCUACGAGCUGCAGGUGUGCCUGAAGGACUACUGCUUUGCCCGCGAGGACCGGGUGCUGGGCAUUGCGGUGCUGCAGCUGCGGGAGGUGGUGGAGAAGGGCAGCUGCGCCUGCGCCUGCCCCCUGGGCCGGAGGAUCCACAUGGACGACACGGGGAUGACCAUUCUGAGGAUCCUCUCGCAAAGGACCAACGACGAGGUGGCCAAGGAGUUCGUCAAGCUCAAGUCUGAGUCCCGCUCCCCGGAAGAAGGGAGAUGAUCCCGGUCUCCGUCUCGGACUGCUUGGGCCAGGCGCGCGCGGAGCACCGGCAGCGGCAGCCGUUUCCCCUGGGCACCCUGGGAGGGGCGUGGGGGCCCCGUGGAACCUUCCUUGCCAAGGGAGCCUCUGGGACAGAUGGGGAGGGGGAGCGAGGACCCCUUCCUGCUUCAGCAGCUGGGCGUAAGGGGUGGGGGCAACGUGCGCCUCCUGGGGGAGGGGCAGGAGACCAAAUCUCCGGCUGGCCCCACAUUCCCUCCACUCGGGCAAGCCGGCGGCAGGCAGGGAAGGGGCCCGUGAGCCCGGCUGAGCCGCGGCCAGGCAGGGACGAGGGUCUCAGGGUCUAGGAAGGGCACUUGCCUGGAGAGGCCGGGGGAUGGAGCCCCGGCAGGCUGUUGGCCCCUCGUUCUCUGCCGAGAGCUGCUUGGCCCCGGUCACCGUGGGCCACGCGGAGGGAGCGUUGCCUGGUGCAAGCUCUGCUUUCCUCCGGUGGGGGUGAGAGGAGGGGGCUUCCCUUUUCCUCCGGACGUUGUACAGCCUCUCGGUCUUUCUCAGAACGCUUCUAGAUGGUGCUUAGCUGUUGUGGGUGCCUGUGAUGCAAACAUGCUCUUUUAACCCCCCUUGAAUGUGCCACUGUUGCAGGAAGUGUAGCCUUUAAUAAAGGACUGUUAGCAGCA